AUGGCUGCGCGCAGCCAGGUGACCUACGGCGCUUCCCUGCUGCUGGUGCUCUGGGCGGGUCUCUGCUCUGCAGUUUGUGUGGAAGUGCCGUCUGAGACAGAGGCAGUCCAGGGAUCACAUAUGAAGCUGAUGUGCAUCUCCUGCAUGAAGCGAGAAGAAGUUUCUGCCAACACUGUGGUGAAAUGGUUCUAUAAGGCUGAAGGAGGCAAAGAUGUGCUGAUCUAUGAGUACAACAAUGAGAAACGGGAAGUGGAGAGUCGCUUCCGUGGCCGGCUCCAGUGGAAUGGGAGUGCAGACAUGCAGGAUGUGUCCAUUUCAGUGCUCAAUAUCACUCUGAACGAUUCAGGGAUCUAUACAUGCAAUGUGACCCGGGAAUUCAACUUCGAGUCACAUCGGCCGGUCUUUACCAGCUCUACGCUGAUCCAUCUCACAGUGGUGGAGAAGGCUGGAGAAGACUUUACAUCUGUCAUCUCUGAAAUCAUGAUGUAUAUCCUGCUAGUCUUCCUCACUUUGUGGCUGCUGAUAGAAAUGGUCUACUGCUACAGGAAAGUCACCAAAGCAGAGGAGACUGCCCAGGAAAAUGCGACUGACUACCUCGCCAUCCCUUCAGAAAACAAGGAAAACUGUGCAGUUCCUGUAGAGGAAUAG